AUGCCCAUGUUGGGAGUGCCUUACUUUGUGGUUUAUUUGUGCUACUUCUUUUAUUGCAGACUGUCUGCAGGUUCCAGGCCAGGGGUUGGUGGUGUCAAAUCACGAAUUGGAGACCAGUUCGCAAACUUGAACACGAGCUGGCCUAUCACUGGCUUCCAAAGGACUUUUGAUGCACGGCAGAAGAUCGGCAUCACAGAUGCACGACAGCGGUUAACGAUGCGAGAUGCUCGAGAACGCCUGGGACAGAAGGAUAUGCGCUCCAAAAUAACACCGAGCACUCCAAAGGUUCUCGAUGCACGUGAAAUGAUCAACUCAAGGAAGGGCCAGGAUGGAAAUGAGAAAGCGCCAAUUGUGAAAAAGGUGUUGGAUGCCCGGGAGAGACUGAGCGCCAGGCGAAGUGCUCCAGCUGUGUCUACUGCUUCAACAGAAGGAACAGUCAGCACCGGAGGCAGGAUAACUAAAACAUUCCAAGUACCACAGGAAAGACCUGUCACUGCAAUGCUGUCUCAACCCUUGGGAAUGCGAAUUAAUGUGGUGAAUGACCGGAGCCCCGACCAGGGUCUUGAGGAUGAGGAUAUGGAAGACGAAGAGGAGGAUUUCCUGCAUUCGAUACCUGUGACAAACAAACCCACAAAAAUCAGCGCUGUGACGAAUGACCUUACUCAGAAGAGGGUAAGAGACAAUCUUUAG